AUGGUAAAGUGGCAAGUCGGGAGCGGCAAAUCGGGCAAGCGGCAAGUGUCCGUCUCCAGGCCUCCAGCCAUCAAGAGCCCCAGGCCUCCAGCCACCAAGAGCCCCAGGCCUCCAGCCACCAAGAGCCCCAGGCCUCCAGCCAUCAAGAACCCCAGGCCUCCUGCCACCAAGAGCCCCAGGCCUCCAGCCAUCAAGAACCCCAGGCCUCCAGCCAUUAAGAGCCCCAGGCCUCCAGCCAUCAAGAACCCCAGGCCACCUGCCACCAAGAGCCCCAGGCCUCCAGCCAUCAAGAACCCCAGGCCUCCAGCCACCAAGAGCCCCAGGCCUCCAGCCAUCAAGAACCCCAGUCCUCCAGCCAUCAAGAACCCCAGUCCUCCAGCCACCAAGAGCCCCAGGCCUUCAGCCACCAAAAGCCCCCAAGGUCUCCAGCCAUCAAGAGCCCCAGGCCUCCAGCCACCAAGAGCACCAGGCCUCCAGCCAUCAAGAGCACCAGGCCUCCAGCCAUCAAGAGCCCCAGGGCUUCAGCCAUCAAGGGCACCAGGCCUUCAGUCACCAAAAGCCCCCAAGGUCUCCAGCCAUCAAGAGCCCCAAGCCGCAAGCCCAGUAUUAGUUGGCAACAAUGCCAUUCUCCAAUAA